AUGCCGGGCUGGCACCUCUGGGGGAGGCAGCCCCCUCUCACCCUUCUUGCCCCGCCCCCCCACAACAACAAUCUGGGGGCAGGAGAUGUUGCAGGCACAGGGAGGGGGCUGCAGGAAGAAACAGCACCACCAGCUCUGACAGGCAUCUUGAGAUCGGUCAUUAGUGGUCUGACGAGUGUCAUCUUGAUCCUUUUAGAUCAGGAGACACUCAACAAACCCAUGUUUGAAAUGUGCUUUUCAAAAUACUCGCUCUCAAAGUCCUUCAGGAUGCAGGCGUCCAUCGCGGGGCCCAGGGUGGAGCCAACAGCAGACAAAACGUGUGGAGCAUCCCGGCUCUCCUGCGUGCCGCAUGAAGAACAUGGCGUCAGCCCGGAGAGCCCUGAGGGACGGCGUCUAAAUGAGAUGCUGCAGGGGAUAAGGCAGCUUGUGGCGGGCACCAGCAGGCAUCGCUUCGUCUGGGGUUGUCUGCCCAGCAGCUCUGCCUCCCGAGUGCAGACCCUGCCCCUUUCUGCGGGGCCCCUGCCCAGAGCCAGAGCUGGAGCCCUACAGAGGAGGCCACCGCGCACCCGUUCCGCUCCGUCGUCUCAUGUGGGACACACUCCAGCCCAGCGGGAAGCUCCGGACUCCACUCCCGUGGUCCCACCUCAGCGCUGCCAGCUCCGAGCGUCCAAUUCAAGGUCGCCAGGACCCCCUAAACGAGGGCUCCACUCGGGUCUGGCAGCCGUCACCGCCCGGCGGGACGUUUGGAGAGAGUGUUCCCGGCGGCCCAGCGAAUGCCACGCCGGGCUCGGCUCCCAGCGCCGCACAGCAGCGCCGUGCGCUCCGGAGACUCGAAGAGUCAGAACGAAGGGGGCGGACAGAGGCUGGCGGCAGCUCCUCCCUCGCGGGCGUGGGCAGCGCUUUCGGUUUGCGGCGGCCCCGAGUGUGCACUCCGCGCCCCUUCCGCGCGCCCACCGGCGCUCCCGAGGGGCAGGGCGGGUGGCACCCAGAGCCGCCGGCGAGGGCGCCCGGAGCAGGGUUGGAGGGCAGGGGUCGCGGAGAGGGGCCGGGAGGAAGGGAGGCUUGCCUGGCAGUGGGGGCCGGCCAGGGUCUGGCGAAGCCGAGCUAGGGGCGCGCGUCGUCGGGGGAGCCCGGGACGCGGCCUCCCCUGGGACCUGGCGGGCGUCGCGCGUCCAUGCGGACUGCUGGGUGGCCCGGGCCCUGGCCGCGGCCCCCUAUGGAGCCCUCGAGGGGUGA